AUGGAUAAUCCGCUAGCUGAUAGCGAUAGCGAUUCGGCGGAGUUGACACUGCAGAAGAUCACCGACAGUGACGAGUAUGUUACGCAUAAGUCUCGAGCAGAAAAGCAGUUAUCAUUGUUCAACGACGUCGAAGAGUGGUGUGCGAACAGUACAAAUUAUUCAAGAAACUUCGUGGGACUACCUUCACCAGAAGAACUUGCCGUUGUUCGUCAGAGAGAAGACGUGUGGGAUGAGCUUACUACUGUGGCACUGAUAAUCACUAGUAACUUCCCGUGGAAAUCUAUAAUCGGACUACUCCAACGACUGUAUCAGCCAUAUUUCAAGGUCACGGUGUUCUGUGGCACGUUCUACCCUGAUUUAUACUUGUCUAGAGGUAUGGAGAACUAG